AUCCCUACUUCUGUGGCGAUCGGAUUGCACUUUUACCCAAUUUGGGAAGCUGCAUCUGUUGAUGAGUGGUUAUACAAUGGUGGUCCUUAUGAGCUAAUUGUUCUACACUUCUUACUUGGUGUAGCUUGUUAUAUGGGUCGUGAGUGGGAACUUAGUUUCCGUCUGGGUAUGCGUCCUUGGAUUGUUGUUGCAUAUUCAGCUCCUGUUGCAGCUGCUACUGCUGUUUUCUUGAUUUACCCUAUUGGUCAAGGAAGCUUUUCUGAUGGUAUGCCUUUAGGAAUCUCUGGUACUUUCAACUUUAUGAUUGUAUUCCAGGCAGAGCACAACAUCCUUAUGCAUCCAUUCCACAUGUUAGGUGUAGCUGGUGUAUUCGGCGGUUCCCUAUUCAGUGCUAUGCAUGGUUCCUUGGUAACCUCUAGUUUGGUCAGGGAAACUACUGAAAAUGAAUCUGCUAAUGAGGGUUACAAAUUUGGUCAAGAGGAAGAAACUUAUAAUAUUGUGGCUGCUCAUGGUUAUUUUGGCCGAUUAAUCUUCCAAUAUGCUAGUUUCAACAACUCUCGUUCUUUACACUUCUUCUUGGCUGCUUGGCCUAUAGUAGGAAUCUGGUUCACUGCUUUAGGUAUUAGUACUAUGGCUUUCAACCUAAAUGGUUUCAAUUUCAACCAAUCUGUAGUUGAUAGUCAAGGUCGCGUUAUUAAUACUUGGGCUGAUAUCAUCAACCGUGCUAACCUUGGUAUGGAAGUAAUGCACGAACGUAAUGCUCACAACUUCCCUCUAGACUUAGCUGCUGUUGAAGUUCCAUCUAUUAAUGGAUAAGGUUUUUCUUCUAACAUAUAAGAAUUUUUGAAGAAAGAAAAGACAGAAAUACCCAAUAUCUUGCUAGAACAAGAUAUUGGGUAUUUCUGUCUUUAUUUUGAAUCUUUUUUUUCUUCUUAAUCUUUCUAUUCAGAAUUCAGUUAACGACGAGAUUUAGUAUCCUUUCUUGCAUUUUCAUAACUCGUGAAAUGCCGAGUAGGCACGAAUUCCCCCAAUUUGCGACCUACCAUAGGAUUUGUUAUGUAAAUAGGUAUAUGUUCCUUUCCAUUAUGAAUCGCGAUUGUAUGGCCAACCAUUGUGGGUAGAAUGCUAGAUGCCCGGGACCACGUUACUAUUGUUUCUUUCUCCUCCUUCAUAUUGACCUUUUCUAUCUUUGCCAAUCAAUGAUGAGCUACAAAAGGAUUCGUUUUUUUUCGUGUCACAGCUGAUUACUCCUUUUUUCCUUUUUAAAGAGUGGCAUUCUAUGUCCAAUAUCUCGAUCGAAGUACGGAGGUCAGAAUAAAUAGAAUAAUGAUCAAUGGAAAAAAGAAAAAAAUCCUUUAGCUGGAUAAGG